AUGACCACACUGUCCGCGCUCCCGGCUCUAUCAGAUAAAUCUGAUGGAACACAAAACCUUUCAGGUGUCCUCUCGCUACUCUUUGAGCCCUCCGAGAUCCUCCAAGACAAGUUGGUUCCCCAGCUAGCAACAGCACACCAGGGAUCGUUCGAAUCAUACUCCGAUCUCAUCGAUGAGGCAGUUAACUUGAUGAGUCAAUGGGACGCCAGCGAGCGUGCAGCCUUUAUCGCAGGACACCCGCGAAUCGGGGAGACGAAGAAUCUCUCAGUUCUCAGUAACAAGGAGCAGGGUGGAUCGAAGUCAGGCGUAGUGGCUUCAACUCCUCCAGAAGUCUUGAGUCGGUUACAACAUUUGAAUGCAUGCUAUGAACAAAGGUACCCUGGGCUUCGGUACAUCAUCUUCGUCAAUGGAAGAAGUCGGGCGGAGGUGGCGGAGGUCAUGGAGGACGCACUGGGACUUGACCAUUCCUUGUCUCCUGACUCCCCUUCCUUGGAGACCAUAUCCCCCAUCGACCGAGAUUCAGAGGAGUGGAGAGCUGAACUUGACCGUGCGAUUCAGGACGUAGGUUUGAUAGCGAAGAGUAGAUUGCGUUCGUUGGAAGGUAUGUAA